GAAAGUUAAACCAUUACAAAUCCAAUUUUAAGAAUUAAUAAGAAAAAUGAAUAAAACACAAGUAAAUAAUAAUAUUGAAAGAUUAAUAGAAAAUAAAAUUAGAGAAUCAUUUUUAUCAUAUUGUGAAAUAGAAGAAUUUAAGUUAAGCAAAGAAGAAGAAGGAAGAUAUAAGAUAAUAAUUAAAGUUGAUUCAAAUGAAAUAGAGAAAAGAAUGAUAGAUUUGAAUGAUAAAGAGACUAAGGAAUUUAAAAAUAUUGAAAAAAAAGAAUUUAGUAAUAAACAAAAAAAUGAAGAAUUUUUUAUUUUUUAUGCUAUUACUAUUAUUUUAAGUUAUUUUAAAGCAUUAAUCAAGCAGAGAAUUGGAGUUUUUAUUAAAUAUUUAUCAUAUAUAUAUUCUUUUGUUAGUAAUAUAUAUGGAAGAGGAGCGAAAAUAGAUGAAAAAUACAAAAUAUCAGAAUAUUUGUUUUUAAUAAUUCAAGUUAUUUUAAAAAAGAUCAAAACAAUUGAUGAUAAAUAUAUGAUUGAUCAAAAAAUCAGAAAUUUUAAUUCAAAAUACAAUAUUUUGAACACUCUUCAGGAAAAGGAACGCAUUAUUAUCCAUAAUUUUCAAUACACAAUGAAUACAGAAACAGGAAAUAAAAUACAAGUAUUCUAUACUAAAUUGCGUAAAAAAUGUAGGAACAUACAUGAAGAAGCAUGUAAACUUGCGAAUCUUAAAGAAAAGGUUAAAAUUCAAUAAAACUAUUAUUAUUCAAAAACACUAUCAAAUUGGAUUUUACUCAAU